ACCAGGGGGAGCCAUAUCCUGUCCUUGCAGCCCUGUGACUCCCCUGUUUCAGCCGGGGAAGACCUGGUUUGGAAGAGCAGGAGCUAAACACGACUUGGAGUCUGUGUCAGGUCCUCCUCCACUGUGGUAGUGAAAUGAUCAGGAACUAAAGUGGGACUGACCGGCUGCUGCUCUGUGGGAUCAAGAGCUCAGACUGGUCCUGUAUGAGCUUGCAGCUGCCAGUGGUUAACCAGCCAUAAGGAGUUCAGCUGUUAUUCCCAGCCAGCCCUCAACAUCCUAGAACAAGCUGGGGCCUACACGGAACUGGCCUGAUCAGGGCCAGUCACUCCUUCUCUGACUGUUGCUGAUCCUCUUAGUUCAUUGUAUCAGCCUUAAGGUGCUGCACCUGGGGAUAGAUAGAGACAGAAGUUCUUGUCCCUUAUUAACUGAUUCAUGUGUGCCAGUUGUUGUCUCCAGGUUCCUUCCUCUGCCAGCCCCCAGUUUAGCACAUCUGCUUUGUGGUCUCAGCCAUCCCCAUUCCCCACAUGAAGCAACCAAGGUCAAACUGUUGACCAAGCAGGUUCCAGUCAGCUAGUUAUUCCUGCCUCUGUAAACUCUACACUGUUGUAUGCUUGGGCUUUGUGCACAGCCACAUGGAGGACAGGGUGAAAAAGGAUGCUGGGAAUUGUGUCAGGGCUUUAGAACUGGCAGCUCCCUCCUAACGGAGACGUUUAGGUGUAACACAAUCAGAUAGGAGCAUGGGCCAAGGGCUAAGAAUAGAAUUGAACUCAAGCUUAUGGUGGGAACACAAGAAUGCCAGCCAUGAAGUUAUCAGCCAGAACUAGAGAAGAGAGCUGGGCUGAGGGAGUGGAGCCCAGGGUUACCAAAGAAGGGCAGAGUCCAGAUGGGAUCAUAGCAGUUAAUAGGAGGCAACGUGUGUAGAAGAGGGCAAGGAUCAGGCCCCAGUGUACUGGGAACCAGAGCCAGGGAGUAAGUUCUGGGCUUGGAGGAAGCCCCACCUGGUCCUCAUGGCCUUCCUGGUGUCUGGGACCCUACAGGCGGCUGCCCAGUUGGCGGAUGCUUGGGACAGCUUGGGGAGAAAGGUAGUGAGAUGCUCUGCUUGGCCCAGCCCAUUCCCAGCAGCCAGCUGGACUCCAACCCAGCACAGCUCUGGUUUUCCUUCCCCAGGGAAAAUACAGUGUGCAGGGUUCAAGGGUAGCCUUGAUACUCAGCAGCUCCGGGGUGUCUGCAGCUGCAGUUGCUGCCCUGGAUGGUGUGUCCCAGGCUCUGGGCUUUGAAAACUCUGAGAAGAGGAAGGUCCCAGUCCAGAGCUUCCUUGAGGAGCUGCGUUUGUUCCUGGAGCAGCUGGAUGUCCACAGGGGUGUUGUGGGGUGUGCCCUUGUGGUCUUGAUGGCCCCCAGUGGGCAGUUAAGGCGUCCACAGCUGCUGGUUCAGGAGCUGAGUCGCUGUGGGGCCCUGCAGGGUUGCCCCAAAAUCUUCCUGUUGCUCUCUAGUGACCUCAAGGGUGAGUGGCUAGGCAGUGACCCUGGUUCUGGGAGGGAAAAGUGAAGGUGGAGGGUGAACAAGAGAGCUGGGACCUUCUGUCCUGCCUACAGCCUGUGGUGCUUCUCCACCAGCUGCCUGGGAGCCUGAAGCUUUCCUCACGGGUCUGGGGAAAAUCUGCAGCCAACAUCCUCACUGGUCACUGCUGCAGCUGCUGACAGAGGUGGGGGGACCCAGAGGAAGGGAAGGCGGGCCUAUGUCUCUGGCUCCCCAGAGUCAGUUACAGUUAAAUUUAUUAACACUCCGUUGUAUCUGUUCUGAAAACCUUUGUCAGCUCCACAUGAAUGUGGGCUGCAGGACAUGCCUUCAUACCUACACGAGACCACUCAGACUCCAAACUUCCUUUACAUCUCAUGCCUUUGCCCAAAGUAUCCCCUGAAUGUUAUGUGCCCUCCCUGUGGCCUGGCUAGUCUCACUGUCAUCCGUAGUUCCUUUCCUUGUGCUCCUGGUGUCUACAAUGAAACUUGAGCCACACCCUUUGAUAGUCACGCAGGCAGUGACUGCUGCCUUGUUCUUUUGAGAGGCCCUUGUGGCUGAGAUAGGCUCAGGUUUGGUCCUGAGGUCUGAACAUCUUAUCAGGUAGUUCAGUGGUGUCUGGGUGGGUGACCAAGAAGCGUAGAAGUGAGAACUGAGAGCCCCAGCUCUGCUCCAUGGCUCUCUCAGCCUAGUACCUCUCCAGGUAUGCCACCUUAGGAGUCCUCCUCCACAGACCUGUGCUCCUCCAGGAAGGGUCGGUCCUGCCUCUGUGUGUAUUAUCCCUAGGAUGAGAUAAUGAACUUGAGUAUGGGUUAGAGCCUAGGUCCUGCUUAAGUCCAUCCUGACCUCUGUGUUCCCCCAUUUCUCCCUGCCAUGUGACCUCCAAAGCCCGAGUAGCCCUGAGCUGGCUAAGUUUCCCCUGGAGCCAAGAUCCUGACCCUCUGCUUGGGUUGUGCCCCCACCGCCAACAGUGCAGCUCUCUGAGGUGUCUUUGGGCAAUGCCCUCCUAGUUCUUUUGCAGAGUAGCUGAAGAGUCUGCUGGGGAUACCUACUGCCCAUUCUUUAGGACCUCCUUGCGGGGGACCCUGUGUUUGAGAGAUGUGGAGCCCUGGAGGUCAGAGUUAGCCCCUGGACCAAAUACACAGUAUGACCUGUCUGGGACCAGGGCUGCCCUCCUACUGGCUGUGAUUCAAGACCGGCUUGGGACACAGCAAGAUGUGGCAGCAUUGGGGGAGCUGUGCCAGGCCAUGGGCUUCAAGGUCACCCUGAGGACAGACCCUACAGCUCAGGCAUUCUGGGAGGAGCUGGUUCAGUUCCGGGAAAGGCUGGACACUCACAAGGGUCCUGUGAGCUGUGCCCUGGUGGCCCUGAUGGCUCACGGAGGGCCACAGGGGCAGCUACUGGGGGCUGAUGGGCGAGAAGUACAGUCCGAGAUGCUGGUGCAGGAGCUGAGCUGCUGCCAGGCACUGCGUGGCCGCCCCAAGGUCUUCCUGCUCCAGGCCUGCCGCGGGGGGAACAGAGACCCUGGUGUGGGGUCAAGAGCUCUCCCGUGGUACAAGCGCUGGCUGCGAGCACCCCCAGCCAUCCCCACCCAGGCAGAUGUUCUCCAGGUCCAUGUGGAUGCCCCAGGCAUCCCUCCCUCCACUCCAGGGAGCUCUGGCCAAGCAGACAUCCUUACUGUCUAUGCAGCUGCUGAGGGCUGUGUGGCCUAUCGGGACGAAGAAAAGGGCUCAGACUUUGUUCAGACACUGGUGGAGGUCAUCAGAGCCAACCCUGGAGGAGAUCUCAUUGAGCUGCUGACUGAGGUGUGAGGGGUUGGGACAGGGACAGAGAAAGAAAGGCUGCAUUGGUGAUAGUGUUCCCAUUACCUCUCACCCCAGGGAAAAGAGAAGUCUCAGUCUCUCUCUCUCUCUCUCUCUCUCUCUCUCUCUCUCUCUCUCUCUCUGUCUCUCUCUCUACCCUUAUUAUUAGGGGGGAUUUUUGGCCCUCACAAUAUGAAAUGAUCAUAGUACCCUGAUCAAAACGUCUCAGCAGCAAUAUAUGUGGGGUGGGGAGUCUUUACCACAGAGUGAGGAGUCUUUCCCACUGGGUUGGGGACUUUUUUAGGUAAGAGCAAGGAAUCCAUGUUAAACCUCUGUGCAGUGUGAGGCUCAAAGAUGAUUAAGUAGCACUUGAAAUUUUAGGUUUUCAGAACAACAGACAAGAGCCUGGUGUUGUGGGGCAUGCCUAUAGCUAUAAGGUUGCGGCAGGAUCUCCGAGUUUGAGACCAGCCUGGGAUACACAGUAAUAUGGAUUCAGAAAGCAUCCUCUUUCCACAAAGUAAUCGCCAGGAAACAAGGAAGGACCGUAGUGGGUGUGCCAGACUGAGCCCCUCAGGUCCUAGCUGAGUGUCAGCCCCUCAGGUCAACAGGAGGGUAUGUGAGCUGGAUGUGCUGGGACCAGACAGUGAUGAGCUGCGCAAGGCCUGCUUGGAGAUCCGCAGCUCG